AUGCUUUCUCUAAUUCCCGAUCCGCCAGUCCGCGAGCUACUAGAAUUCUGUCAAUCUCAAAAUAUUCGUAAUAUCCAUCUUCAGGUUGGCAAAAAGAAAGAUAAUGAUGUAUCUUUGAUUUAUAGUAAAGCUAUUCAAUCUGUACAAAUAAUCAUAGAUCCAUCAAAUCUACCAAUAUUUAUUCAUUGUUUAGAUGGCGCAAAUGUUACAGGUCUAGUUGUUGCUUGCUUGCGAAAACUGCAAAUGUGGAGUAUUCCUUCGUGUAUGGGUGAAUUUCUUAGCGAGUUCAUUGAAAAAUUUUCAGGGGAAAUCGAAAUUCCUAGUAUGAUUCCUCACUGGUUAUGGGGCGGACAUGUUACUUCAAAUAAACACCCGACGUUAAAACUUAAAUUUUUAGACCCUAGAGUUAUUGAACAAUUUGAACAAAAAAAGAAAAAUGGGAAAAGCAUUGAAGUGGAUAAUAAAGACAAGAGAGUCAAUGGCGAAUAUGACUCAAUGACAUUACAGGCUUUGGCAUUAGAAGGCCUAGAUGAUAUUAAUGAUUGA